CGCCGCUACCGUCGACAUCGCUGCCGCCGCCACCGUCCUCGCCACGAUGUGACAUGGAUAUCCUAGCCGUAGCCUGCGCCCUCGUCGCCACGGCCCUCUACUGCAACACCCUGCAAGCGGGUUUCGUCUACGAUGAUCGAAGGGCCAUCCUGACGAAUCCAGACCUCCUAUCCAGCACGCCGUGGUCCCGGUUGCUGGAGAACGACUUCUGGGGCACGCCCUUGAACGACAAAGGUUCUCACGGAAGUUACAGACCACUCUGCGUGGCGACGUUUCGAUUGAAUCAUCUCCUGGGUGGCUUGGAACCGUGGGGUUACCAUUUGGUGAACGUCGCGUUGCACGCCGCCUGCACGGUACUCGUGGUGAAGGUCGCGAGGAAGGUUCUGCCAGGAAGAAACAACCUCGGACACGCGAUCACCGGCUUCCUGUUCGCGGUUCAUCCGAUUCAUAGCGAAGCAGUAGCCGGCAUAGUCGGUCGCGCCGAUCUGCUCGCCUGCUUAUUAACCUUGUCAGCCUUCCUGGCAUAUUGUGUCCAUUGCGAACAGACAAGAUCACCGUUUCCUCUGUUGCUGGCCAUCGUUUCGUCGACACUGGCCACGCUCGCCAAAGAGACCGGGAUAUCCUCGCUGGCUUUGUGCCUCCUCUGGGAAUUGUGUCGCGGCGAGUCGAAUCGAAAGGCGAAUUGCGGAUUAACCCGUAGCCGCAGCAUCGGAAUCCUCUCCGGAAGUCUGGCCCUGCUGGUGCUCGGCAGGCUGAGGAUAACCGGCACGAGGCCAGAGUUCGCCAGCGCGGACAAUCCGACCGCCAGACACCCGUCUCGUCUGACGCGAGGUCUGACGUUCCUGUAUCUGCCCGCAGCGAGCGCGAGGAUGUUACUUUGCCCCAGCACGUUGAGUUUCGACUGGUCGAUGGACGCGGUGCCGCGGAUAACGACAUUCACGGACGCCAGAAAUCUGGAAUCGGUCUGUUUAUACGCGGCGCUGAUCGUGACAUCCGCGUGGGCCGUCAGGACCCUCCGUCGACCGAUCAGGGAGACGUCGUUGAGUCUCGUGCAGGCGUACCAUCGGUCAGUUUCGUCGAGGUGUCCCGUUUGCGCGGGCAGACGAACGGGCGGAUGCCACACGGACGGCUGUCGAGCCGCAAAUAACAACAACAACAGCCCUUUCGGCGAAUGUCAUUGCGCCAAGAGGGCCAACAGCGGCUCGCCGACUAGUUGGAGCACAUGUUUCGCCGGCAGACGAACGGCGGCCAUCAGCGUCGCGGCCUCGCUCGGUUUCCUCGUACUUCCCUUCCUUCCGGCUAGCAACCUCUUCUUCUACGUGGGAUUCGUGAUAGCCGAGAGGAUCCUGUAUUUACCGAGCGUGGGUGCCUGUCUGAUCAUGGGCGCUGCCAUUUCUGGCUGCUACCGAAUCGCCAGGAGAUACGGGUCCAGAAGAAGAGGAAGAGCGGUACUGUUGGCUACCGUUGUACUGCUUUGUCUGAUGUCCGCGAAGACAUUGCUGAGAAACGCCGACUGGUACGACGAGGAGAGCCUCUACAGAUCUGCGCUGCAUGUCAAUCCGCCUAAGGCUUAUGGUAAUUUGGGCAGCGUCCUGAGCGCCCAGGGACGUGUCGCCGAGGCGGAGGAGGCGUUCGUCCAGGCGCUUCGCUAUCGACCGAACAUGGCGGACGUGCACUACAAUCUGGGAAUCUUGCAGCAAGGCAGAAAAAAUUACGACGCGGCGAUCCUCAGCUACCAGCGAGCGAUCCAAUAUCGGCCAUCGCUAGCCCAGGCUUACGUGAACCUGGGUGCGACUCUGGCGUCGGUGGGUCGUGAAACGGAAGCGGCUGCGGUUUUGCGGGCCGGAGCAUCCUUGGACGGGUCCGGUCUCAAGGACAAAAGGGCUCACGAGGCGGCCAGAGUGCAGGCCCUCCUUCAAUUAGGCGUCCUCUACGCCGAUCAGGGUAGAUUACAAAGGGCCCUCUCCGCUUACAGGGAAGCACUCCACGCUUUGCCGGAUCACUAUCCGCCUCAGAGCGUUUACAAUCUGCUGGGUGAAACUCUAUCGAGGCUGCAACGGUACGCGGAGGCAGAAAGGUGGUUCCAAGCAAGUUUGGCCAGCCAGCCUGACCACGUGCCUGCCCACAUCACUUACGGGAAACUUUUGGCCCGAAACUCGAGCCGCGUUCUGGAGGCUGAAAGAUGGUUCCUGAGAGCCCGUAGGUUGGCGCCGGAUGACUCGAGCGUGCACCAUCAUUACGGACUGUUCCUGACGUCGCAGGGUCGACUGUCGGAAGCAGCGGAGGAGCAGCUUCGCGCGGCCGAACUUUCGAGAUCCGAUUACGAGCUGUCGAUGGCGGCUGCAUCCGCGCUGCGUCAAGCGGACCGCCUCGAGGAAGCCGAGGUGUGGUACAGACACGCGGCGAGGUUAAGGCCGCACGAGGCCCGCAGCCACACGAAUCUCGGGGCGAUUCUUCAUUUGAACCGGAAAUACAAGCAAGCAGCGGCAGCUUACAGCGAAGCGUUGAGGCUACAACCCGGUGACGCGAUGACGAUCACGAACCUGCACAAACUGUCGACCAUUUUGGCGUGACCUCGUGACGCGACGACGAGGUCGAGAGACAGCUACGAGAGUGACGAGUGUGUGUAUCAUACGAACCCCGGAAAGACCCACUACCGACUCGCCGUAAUCCCCGACCCCAUCACGUCUCCCCGAUCUUCCUCCCGAUAUUCGUUUAUAUCCGUCGACGGGCGCGACAAUGUCACGGGACCGACGUGCCCGGCCACCUUGGCGCGCCAUCGACCCGUAUCGCCUGCUAUGGUAUGUAAAGA